UUCGGAUUCGGGCGGGCCCACGGGCUGGCGCGGAGGGACGGUCUGCGAGGACGUCCGGAGGAAAAGCGAGGGCCGGUGGGCGGAACCAACGUGCCGACGCCGGAGGCUGAACGUUAGGCUGGCGGGGACGCGCGCGCGUCCUGACGGGAGUUGCCAAAACGAAGGAGAUUUGGUGAUGGAGGCUUUGUUGGAAGGAAUACAAAAUCGGGGACAUGAUGGGGGCUUUUUGACAUCCUGUGAAGCAGAACUACAGGAGCUCAUGAAACAAAUUGAUAUAAUGGUGGCUCAUAAAAAGUCUGAAUGGGAGGGACAGACACAUGCUCUUGAAACUUGCUUGAACAUCCGUGAACAGGAAGUGAAGACUCUGAGGGGUCAGUUAGAGAUGAAGCAGAAAGAGGUUGGAACGUUGAAUCAGCAGAUAGAAGAAAAUGAAAAAAAAAAGCAGGAAAUGACUCUGGAAUAUAAGCAGGAGUUAAAGAAACUACAGGAAGAAUUAGGCAGACUGAAGAGAAGUUAUGAAAAACUACAGAAAAAGCAUGUGAAAGAUUUCCGAGGAAGCGCCAGGAAUCACCGAGAAGAUCGGUCUGAAAUUGAGAGGUUAACUGGAAAAAUCGAGGAAUUCCGUCAGAAAUCACUGGACUGGGAGAAGCAACGCUUGAUUUAUCAGCAACAGGUAUCUUCUUUGGAGGCACAAAGGAAGGCGCUGGCUGAACAAUCAGAGAUAAUUCAGGCUCAGCUUGCCAAUCGGAAACAGAAAUUAGAGUCUAUGGAGUUGUCCAGCCAGUCAGAAAUUCAGCACCUGAGCAGUAAGCUGCAGAGAGCCAAUGACACGAUCUGUGCCAACGAGCUGGAAAUAGAGCGCCUUACCCUGAGAGUCAAUGACUUGCUUGGAACCAAUGUGACUAUUAUCCAGGAGCAGCGGCAAAAAGAAGAAAAGCUGAGGGAAUCGGAAAAACUAUUAGAGGUUCUCCGUGAAGAGAAGAGAGAACUGAUGGCAACACUUCAGUCUCAAAGUUUCAUCCAUGAGGCGAGAGUGAGAAAGGAGGAAUUACAAGUAAAAUUAAAGGCCACUGAUAGCCAGCACACAGUCGAAACCAUAAGGUCACUCGAGGAGUCUCAGGCAGCGGAAAGGAAGUACUCCUGUCAGGGGCACGGGGACUUAGAGAGUGUGCUGUCCAAGCUGGAUUUCACCCACACCAGUGAAGAGCUUCUGCAGGCAGAGGUGACUCGCUUAGAAACCAGCUUGGAAUCUGUUAGUUCCACAUGUAAGCAAUUAAGCCAAGAACUAAUGAUAAAAUACGAAGAAUUGAAGAAGAUGGAAACAUAUAAUAAUGAAUACAGGGCAGAGAUAAAGAAGUUGAAAGAACAAAUUUUACAGACGGACCAAAGUUACAAUUCUGUGCUAGAGGGAAUGAAGAUGGAGAUCUCCCAGCUCACCCGGGAACUGCACCAGCGGGACAUCACCAUUGCUUCCACCAAAAGCUCUUCCUCUGAUAUGGAGAAGCGACUCAAAGAGGAGAUCCAAAAGGCAGAAGUAAAAGCAGUAGAGCAUAAGGAGAUUGUGAAUCAGCUGGAGUCACUCAAAUUAGAAAACCGUCAUCUUUCUGAAACGGUGAUGAAAUUAGAAUUGAGUUUACAUCAGAAACUUUCUCAAAUCAAAAAUGAAGACAUUGGUGGAAUUGUGCAAAAUAUUCCUCUUUACUCCAGCAGUUUGAAGGCUAAAGAGAAUUCACUAACAGACCUUCAGGAGAAUUAUAUUGAGGCAUUAAAUAAGUUAGUGUCCGAGAAUCAACAACUACAGAAAGAUUUGAUGGAUACCAAAUCUAAGCUGGAGAGUUCUACUCAGAAGUGCCAGAACCCCCCUGACGUUGUCUUUAAACUGACACACAGCAAAGCACCCGAGAUCAAGAAAACAGAGUUCAAGCCAAUCCCUGGCCAGCACAGACAUGAUGGAGUAAAGGCUGAACACUGUCCAACAGGCCUUCAUCCGUCAGGAGGACAAGCAGCGGAUAGCAUAGACCCCCUGCCCAGGGUCCUCAGCCCUCUGAGUCCUUCCACCAGCCACUUCAGCUCUACGGUCUCUUUGCCUUCCACCUUUCAGUAUAAAACUGAAUCUCUGCCUUCAGUCCUAGACAUAAAUGAAGCCAAUUUUUCUGACACUGUAUCUGAAAGUAUAAGUGACCCAGAAGAGUUACCUUUGUGUCCCAUCCCUGUGUCUCCCCUGGGUUCGGUAGCAGCAAGGUUUCUGGAGGAGGAGGAACUGCGGUCUCAUCAUAUUCUAGAGCGCCUGGAUGCCCAUAUUGAGGAACUGAAGAGAGAGAGUGAAAAGACGGUCCGACAGUUCAGAGCCCUUGUGUAGUCAACACUCACCAGUUUGGAAAUAAACCCCGGGGAUCAACUGUCUGCUGAAGAAGCCUCUCUGUCGACGUGAGCGCAGAAGCGCUGUCACAGCGAGGCGCCCUCAAGGACCCAGCCGGGACCCUGCCAGGCCCGUGCUUCGUGGGCUUUCCCCUGCUGGCUUGCUACAAGAACUUUUCCAGCAGGAACUGUGACAAUAAACGACUUUGCUGAUCUUUUCUCAUAUUAGUAUACUCACUGUCACAGCGAUACUUUUUUUCUUACUGACUUAAAUGUGAAUGCUGUAGACUCGAAAGAUUUGAUUAUAAUUCUUUUAAAUAAAGCAACUGCAAGAACUUU